AUGUAUAUAAGGUCCAGGGCUGCGCCCCACACGCAGUUAUCUGCUAACUCAGUCUGCUUGGGUGAAAGUCCGCUAUCCUCGGCUGCAGACCUCGGAGAGCUGACUCCCACCCCGAAGCUGCUGCAGCGGCGUGACCUUGAGACGGCUACGGCAGUGGAGAUGAGCAUGAGGCCAAGGCUGAGGCCCUCCAUCCUCCUGUGGGUCACAGCAAUUGUUCUACUAGCGCUGGUGGUUCAUUCGGGUGAAGCUAUGCAUCACAAAAAACACAAGAAGAUCAUGAAAGUCCUCCUGGCGCACGCAUUGCUGAAGAAGCGCGUUAUUCCGAUCCCUAUACCAUUUCACCAGGAGUCUCACCACACAAACAUCGUGCCGGUACCCAACCCUAUACCCUUCAAAGUACCGGUUCACACUGUUCACAAGCAUCACCACCACACCAAGCACGUUCACCACCACAAGCACACCAAAGGGCGCAACACCCUGCUCAUCCUCGACAGACAGCACGAAAGAGGCCACCACGGUGGUGGAUACCAUGGCGGCGGUUACCACGGUGGAUACCACGGCGGCGGCUAUCAUGGAAACUAUUGGUAAAAAGAGCUAAAAGAAUGUCACCGAGGGAAGAAAUC